AUGUCCGCCUCGUUCCAGAGCCUCCGGGCCAAGUACGGGACUGCGUUGAAACAAUUCGUCCAGUCGACCCGCAACUUCGAGGUUCUGGCCUCUGUCUCAGCCGAGCGAUCCCAGCAAUCUCCCCCGCAGGUGCUGUACGUGCUGGAUUCCUCCUUCAACCCCCCGACUCUCGCCCAUCGUCGCAUCGCCGGCUCCGCUCUCUUGGAGAAUCCCGACCGUCCGUCUCGGCUACUACUGCUGCUGGCCACCCAGAAUGCCGACAAGCCAUCGAAACCGGCUAGGUUCGAGGAUCGUCUGGCGAUGAUGGAGCUGUUUGCCCGGUAUCUAAUCGCGUACACGGGGAGUCUCCUGCCGGCCCCGGACCGACAGUUCCUCCCCGACGUCGACAUCGGGGUCACCAAGAAGCCGUAUUUCGUCGACAAGGCGGCCGAUAUCGACGCCGCCGGUGUCUACCCCGCGUCGCUCGAACAAGUCCAUCUGACGGGCUUCGACACGCUGAUCCGCAUCUUCGACCCCAAGUACUAUCCGCCCGCACAUACGCUGCAGCCGCUGGAACCGUUCCUCUCGCAGCACCGCCUGCGCGUGACCAUGCGUCCGGAUAGCAACUGGGGGAGUCGCGAGGAGCAGGAGGACUACCUUCGCACGCUGGCCCAAGGCGGUCGCGAGCAAGAGGGCGGCAAGCGCGAAUGGGCCGAGCGCAUUCAUCUGGUGGAAGGCAAGAAACCGGAGGAGCGGUCGGUGAGUUCGACGAAAGCUCGCGAGGCCCUGGAGUCCAACAAUCCUCAGGAUCUUGACUGGCUGGUUCCGCCCGAGGUGAGAGAUUUUAUCCUUGCGGUUGAACCGUACAAGGAGCAAUGA